AUGGAGUGGAGUGGUUGUGGUGGAGAUGACUGUUGUGGAGGUGGUGGUGGUGUUGGUUGUGGAGGUGAUGGUGGAUGUGGAGGUUUUGGAGGAGGUGGUGGUUGUGGUGUUAGUGGUGGUGGUGAUGGUGAUGGUGGUGGUGGAGGUGGAGGUACUGGUUGUGGUGGUGGUGGUGGUGGCAGUGAUUGUGGAGGUAGUGAAUGUGGUGGUGCAAGUGGUGAAGUUGGAUGA